UCGUUUUCGUACUUGUGGCACGUGCGGUUUGUCAUGCGACAGCGAUGUAUCGGUUGGUGUACGGCGACAGCGAAACCGCUUACGUCGCAUGUGGCAUUUGCUUUUUGGGAGCCCGGCGUUACGGAAUAGACCUGUACCUCGAUACAGUCGCAUCAGCAUUAUAUUUCUCUGCGUACGAUACAAUCAGGCGACUUUGCACGUCUUAGCCUGGUAGCUCUGAGCAUAACAUAAUUUCCUGCAAGUCGAUGAAUUUCAGACGGCGCUGGCUACCUGUGUUUUGUAUGUAUCUCAGGCAUCAUUGUGCUUCAACAAGAUUUAUAUUCACACUAUCUCGUAGUAUCCAUGUCAUCGUGUAGCGAUGUCAGUGUCGAUUCCUCGGAAGCAGUUGCGUUUGGAGCAGAUUGAGGAAAUGGAGCUCCUGUCUACCUUCCCCAGGCCACCACCAGGGCCUCGGUCACCAGCAAGACUAUCGUUACAAAGCCCAGGACUUACACCACGGCCAUCAAACUAUGGAUUCGUUCCUACUACGACAGCAAAGGGCGAUACAGAUGCCAAUUCCCUGUACGAUGAACCUGAACCGCUGCCGCCGCCGAGUGCCCAGCCUGCUCAGGAUAUCUUACCUAGCCUUCCAACGCCCUCAAAGCAUGAUCCAGAGCUUCAAAUAGUACUCGACCACCCUUCCAGAGUGUAUGCACCGGGAGAGACGAUCACUGGCUACAUUAUUGGCUGGUCAAUCGCUGAGGAGCAUGUUCGAAUCAUCUUGUCGGGGCAAAUCACCACAACGCUCCAAGCACCAAAAGCAAUAUACACGAACCAUACACCGCUGGUCUUGCAAACCAAAGAUCUGGAUCGCGACUUGCAAAGCUCUAUGCCGCGGUUUGAACUCAGUAUUCUACACGUAUGCGAUCUUCCCCACGACUUGAACGACUUAACGCAAGCCCAUGAGUUGAGACACAAGUACUGGACAACGAAGUGGCCUGCGCAAAACCCCUUUGAGAACGAUGCAGGCCACCCGCUACCGCCAUCCAUGUACAUGGGCCCGCGCAGCGCAUCUAGGCUGUCCAAUGCUUAUGGUUCUGUAUCGACAGCCUACACAUUGAUCGCUGUUCGCUCCAUACGGGAUCGAAGUACAAAUGCUCUUGUCACAAACGCACACUUUCAACUUCCCAUCACGCUCACCACCCGACGUCUUCCAAUAUCCAAGAUCAAUCUCUUGGAAGGCGAAAAGCACCACAUGACCUCGAACCUCUCAAUCCAAACAGCAGCCCUAACAAAAGAGCGUAAGCUCCGUUUGCGCGAACAACUCUGCGAUGCGUUCAACACGUCAGCGCCGACAUUCUACUUCAGCAUCAAAGGCAUCGCACCACGUUUGUCUGUGCCAGGUGCCAACAUCAAGAUCAGUGUAACGGUGGAGGUUCUGGCCCCGCCACCCGGAAAGCUGUACAAUUUCCCAAUCCCAGACAUCACAGUCGCAAGUAUGAAGUUUCUUGUGCGAUCGUAUACGGGCAUCCGCACGUUCGGAUCCGAAUCGGUGCAGACCACAUCAGCUGUCAAUGCCUCGGGAAUACCCUGUAGGAAGGAAACGUUCAAAGAGACCGCGUUUGCGCAAACGCAAACGCCCACCAAUGCCACCUUCAUCCCACAAAAAGGGAGAUUCGAUGGUCAGGUGUGCAUAGCAACCAUCGCGUUGCCUAAAGAGGUGCUUCCAAGUUUCAAGACGUACAGCGCGUGGAGAGGAUAUCGUCUGGAGUGUGCGCUCAGGUUGAAAGUUGCGGGGAAGGACGCAGAGGCCAAGUUCGCAACUGACCUCGAUGUUGUCGCAGGAGGAGGGACCAAUUUCGAGCGUACAAGGGUCCCUACAGAUGAAGGUAUGAGCAGGCAAACAGUAGAUACGAUUGUGGGGGCUUAUAUGGUCCGGUAGCCGCCGGCGCUGCUGCAAAUACGACUACGCUGUGUUAUCCGAAAGCAAAUGAUGUAGCUAUAUUUGAGUAACAUGCAUUUGAUGUGCUAUCUCUUCUCCAACACUUCGUCAUAUUUACAAGAAGUGCUGCGCAAUGCCUUGGCGGAGUGUUUUUGCUCCCCGCGUGU